UAGGCUAAACGAUUCGGGAAGCAAGUCAAGUGCAGCGAUAGAUUAUAAUAGAGAUAGUGAUUUUUUUCCUCUCGCUUAUCCCGACUUUCGACAUGGAUGACUACAUUACAACACUAAAAAAGUUUUCUCAAGUGGACUUUCAAUCGAAGCAGGAGAUAAUAACCAAAGGAAGACCAACGCCGGAGCUGAAAGGUUUGUUUCAGACUACGGGACAGAAGGUUAACCGCUCUUUUCAAACCGAGUGGUAUUCACGAAAAGACUGGCUUUGUGGAUGUCCUGCUCGAAACCGCCUUUUCUGCUUUCCUUGCCUUCUUUUUUCAACUUGUGGCACUGUGUGGACUCAGAUGGGAUUUGGUGACUUGAAGAACUUGCAAUGAUCCCUCACCAAACAUGAGCGGUCCACCACUCAUAUUCAAAGCCAAAUUGCGCUAAAAACCUUCGGCCUGUCCAGGAUAGAUUUGGCUUUGGAUGAACAGCGGAGACUCAACAUCAGCAUCCACAAUGCUAAGCCUUGACCCGUCGAUGAUUGGACUCCUCCACAACCGUGACAGUGUGUCGUGGUAGAUGAUCCAAGCAGAAGGGCAUCAGUGUCACGCCGAUGCCCUCACCACAGCUAAGAGGUGAGAUGCUGCAGCCGGUGAAAGAGGUGACCUGAGAAUGACAGAGACCGAUACUCCAAAAUUGGCGAAGAAGCCCCAUUGGACCUCUCUGGAAAUCGGCCUCAUUACUAUCACCUCUUUGUUCUUCAUUGUCAUUGUUGUCCUCAUCAUCUUGUUUGCCACCCAGUCCGAUAAAAUCUGCACCACAGCUGACUGCACACGGUCAGCAUCUCGUCUCAUUGAGAACAUGGAUGCUACCAUGGAUCCUUGUGACAACUUUUAUCAAUAUGCCUGUGGAGGAUGGCUGAAAAAGAACAUAAUCCCAGAGGCCCACACUAAAUACGGCUUGUACAACAUCUUAAACGCCAACUUGGACGUCAUCCUCAAAGGUGUCCUUGAAAAGAAGGUGGAGAGGGAGGCUGCUGCUCUCACCAAGGCAAAGAUACUUUACAAGUCCUGCAUGAACAUCAACUUAAUUGAGCAGAAAAGAGGAGCUCCUUUGCUCGACAUGCUGCCAGACAUCUUUGAGUGGCCCAUGGCUGUGGACAACUGGGAGGAUAAUUAUGGGAAAACCUGGAGGUUGGAGGAUGUCAUUGCCAGGUUAAAUUGGAAAUAUGGAAUUCAAGUCCUUGUUAACUUUAUCAUUCGCGCUGAUGACAGAGACUCCACUUCACACAUCAUUUAUUUUGACCAACAAAUGUCCUUUGGCCUCUUGUCCAGAAACAUCUACAGCUGCAAGGGUCGCUUUGCAAAGGCAUGCCGAGCUUAUGAGCAGUUCAUGUUUGAUCUGGCAAAGCUGAUCCGCACUGACCGGGGACUGAAAAUCGACGAAACGGGCUUAAGAGCAGAGGUGACACGAGUUGUGGAUUUGGAGAAAGACAUCGCCACUGCCACUGACUCAGCGCAGAAGAGGGAUCCAGUGUUGCUUUACAACAAAAUGGAAUUGAGGUCGAUGAAUACAAUAUCCACUUUUGAAAUUGAUUCUCAGAAAUUCAACUGGAGUUACUACACAGCUAAGAUAAUGGACACCGUGAAGAUCACGGUUCCCGAAUCGGAGAAAAUUAUCAACUACUCCCCAUACUAUUACAGAAAACUCAAAACUAUAUUAGCCAAAUACACCAAGAGGGAUGUGCAAAACUAUGUGGUUUGGCCGUUUGUUAUGCAAAUGGUAGGUGGGCUGAGUCGAGCUUACAGAAACACCAGGAAUGCUUUCCUUAAGGUCCUGACCGGUAAAACAGCAGAGGAUGCCUUGUGGCGACGGUGUGCACUGUAUGUCAAUAGCUACCUGGACAAAGCUGUGGGACGGCUCUAUGUGCAGGAGGCUUUCUCUGACAACAGCAAAGAGCUGAUGGAGGAGAUGAUUAAAGAUAUUCGGGAAGUUUUCAUUAGUAACCUUGAUAACCUCUCCUGGAUGGAUGAAGAGACCAAAAAAGCAGCUGAGGAGAAGGCUCAAGCGAUCCGUGAACGCAUUGGUUAUUCUGAUGACAUCAUGAAUGACGAAUAUCUAAACGAUGAGUACAAAGAUCUGAGCUACAGUGCAGAGGAGUACUUUAAAAACAUCCUGCAGAACCUGGAGUAUGUGCAAAAGAAACACCUGCAGAAAUUGCGAAAAAAAGUCAACAAGGAUGAGUGGUUAUUUGGAGCUGCUGUUAUCAACGCCUUCUACUCAGCCAACUUAAAUGAAAUAGUGUUUCCUGCUGGUAUCCUUCAACCCCCUUUCUUUAACAAAGGCCAGCCUAAAUCUCUCAACUACGGUGGAAUCGGGAUGGUAAUCGGUCAUGAGAUUACACAUGGCUUUGAUAGCAAAGGUCGCCACUUCGACAAGGACGGCAAUCUGAAGGCCUGGUGGACUCCUGAAUCUACUAGAAAAUUUCUGGAACUCUCAAGGUGCAUCGCUAAUCAGUACAGCAGCUUUUCCUGGGACCUGGCUAAUGGUCUACAUUUGAAUGGCAACAAGACCCUCGAGGAAAACAUAGCUGACAAUGGAGGGAUCCGACAGGCAUACCAGGCAUACAAGAAAUUUGUGAAGAGGAAUGGAGAGGAGUCCCCACUGCCUGGGAUUGACCUUUCACAUGAUCAGCUCUUCUUUCUUAACUUUGGACAGAUUUGGUGUGGAUCAUAUCGACCUCAGCAAGCUGUUAAUUCUGUUAAAAUGGAUAUACACAGUCCAGGAAUGUUCAGAGUACUUGGCUCUCUUCAGAAUUUGCCAGAGUUUGCCAAAGCAUUCAAGUGCAACAAAAACAGCAACAUGGUCUCUGAUAAUGUUUGCCGUGUUUGGUGACCUAAAGACCAAACAUGGUCUUUAGGUCCAUGAUACCUCUUCCCUCUAACUGCUGGAGCUCUCAUGGAGGAUUACAGGGAUAUAGAAGCUUCCCUUUGUUCUUUACUGGAUGGACCAUGGCUGGUGAACAGGCAGUGCAACAUGCACUUCAUCCAAGAUGGAUAAUUGUCCCAAAAGAAAUAAUCCUCAUUGGUUGUCUGCUGUUAACGUUUGUCUCUCAAACUGUAACACUGUUGUUCAAUAAAUCAACCCUCCUGCUCACUGGAUACAAUCA